AUGUGGGACAGUUGGCGCUGGAGUUCUUCUCCCGCCGCAGCACCCACAACGAGUCCGCGCUCCACAGGUGUAAGUGUAACAGUCCAGUGCUGUUUGAGUUACCUGACACAACCAAUCCCUGUAAUCCACAUUACAGCGUAUGAAGAAACAGACCAUCGGUGUACAAAUCCUGGAGUCAUUUUGAUCCUUUCUGAUCGUCGCCGUGUGUGUGCAAAUCCCAAAGAUGAGUGGGUGCAGGAUAUCAAGGAAAAAAUUGACAGCCGCCUGUUGACCUUGGUCGAACCUAAAGAUGCAUUUAGACCAGUGGAAUGCUGUAGCGGUUACCAGACACAUCCAAUCCCUGAAAUACACAUUACAGCGUACAGAGUAACAGACGAUCACUGCCGAAAUUCUGCAGUCAUUUUUACUGUAAAUAGUGGUGUGGGUGGGCAGUGUGCAGAUCCCAAAGAUCAGUGGGUGCGGGAACACUUGAAAAUAAUUGACAGCCGAAAGUUUACAACCUCAGUCCAACCUAAAGAACCUGUUUCUACUCCCGAACCUGUUUCUACUCCCGAACCUGUUUCUACUCCCGAACCUGUUUCUACUGCCUCACCCGAUAUAGAAUCUACAAGUCCUUCAGCUCAACAGGAUUACACAGAGGAAUCAGAUGCAUUUAGACCAGUGGAAUGCUGUAGCGGUUACCAGACACAUCCAAUCCCUGAAAUAUACAUUACAGCGUACAGAGUAACAGACGAUCACUGCCCAAAUCCUGCAGUCAUUUUUACUGUAAAUAGUGGUGUGGGUGGGCAGUGUGCAGAUCCCAAAGAUCAGUGGGUGCAGGAACACUUGAAAAUAAUUGACAGCCGAAAGUUUACAACCUCAGUCCAACCUAAAGAUGCAUUUAGACCAGUGGAAUGCUGUAGCGGUUACCAGACACAUCCAAUCCCUGAAAUAUACAUUACAGCGUACAGAGUAACAGACGAUCACUGCCCAAAUCCUGCAGUCAUUUUUACUGUAAAUAGUGGUGUGGGUGGGCAGUGUGCAGAUCCCAAAGAUCAGUGGGUGCAGGAACGCUUGAAAAUAAUUGACAACCGAAAGUUUACAACCUCAGUCCAACCUAAAGAACCUGUUUCUACUCCCGAACCUGUUUCUACUCCCGAACCUGUUUCUACUCCCGAACCUGUUUCUACUCCCAAACCUGUUUCUACUCCCGAACCUGUUUCUACUGCCUCACCCGAUAUAGAAUCUACAAGUCCUUCAGCUCAACAGGAUUACACAGAGAAAUCAGAUGCAUUUAGACCAGUGGAAUGCUGUAGCGGUUACCAGAGAAAUCCAAUCCCUGAAAUAUACAUUACAGCGUACAGAGUAACAGACCCUCACUGCCCAAAUCCUGCAGUCAUUUUUACUGUAAAUAGUGGUGUGGGUGGGCAGUGUGCAGAUCCCAAAGAUCAGUGGGUGCGGGAACACUUGAAAAUAAUUGACAGCCGAAAGUUUACAACCUCAGUCCAACCUAAAGCUACAAGUCCUCCAGCUCAACAGGAUUACACAGAGGAAUCAGAGUCUGACAAGACAGAUUCUCCUACCGCAUCCAUUAUGGUCCAAAUGGAGCAGAUGUGUAUUGCAUCACAUACCUGAAGAAUCCAAUAACUGUAAAAGUCAUUAAAGUGUAUGAACAUCCAAAAGCUAGAGCCAAAAGUUUUCAAUCAGUUGUUACUCUUCCAGUGGAGAGUAUUUGAUAGUAACUGAAAUGAUAAGUUAUGAUAAGUUAUGAUCACUAAUUACACUGUAGGAGAAUUAGAUUUUCUGUUUUUAUUGCAGUUUUACCCUACAGGAGAACAUCGUUCAUUUUUAAAAUUACACAUUAAAGGAG